GUGUGUCGAUUGGAGUUGUAGUUCAAUAUUUUUGCCGUUUGUUACACCAGCCAGUAGCGUCUGAUCGGGCAUUUCGUAGGGAAGAUCUGUACACCAAGGACUACAACUGCCGAAAAUCCGAUUAUCUACUUAUUUUUAUUUCGACACCAGUGAGACACCCACAACCUUAAUCUGAAGUGAGAAACAGUCACACACCCCCCCCCCCUUUGUCAAGUUUGCUAAACACGAAUUAUAUGGUUUCUCGCUUCCUGUUUGGUUGCGUUUCCUGGUACGAGGAUGAGCCACUCAGCUGUUUUUACUGGAGGCAAACGGAGCGCGGCGUUAGCCUGUUAGCCUGGGGCGGCAGCUGCCGGAGGAGGGAGACCCGCCGCUUGGCUUUACGCGGGAGAGGAAGCUGACGGAGCGCCUGGGAGAAGGUGCCUCCCCGGGAAUAUCAGCGCGGAUGACCGGCCGGUCACGCCGAUGAAGCGCCGGACUGAAUGGAGACGCUUCCAGUCAGCAGAUUAGCUGCCAACCGCUCAGACUGGAGCUGGGGUUUUAAGUCAGUAUAGCCAGCUGGUCGUCGCGGCGGUUUUUACUUGACAUGAAGCCGGUGUCUUAUUUGCCAAGACGCCAUGGGCAGCAAAUGAUUGAAUGUAUUUUUUAACCCGAAAAAAAGAAAUAUCUGCUAUCGUUUUUGAUAGCGUGUGGUCGUUACCUGGUUAGUCCAAUGAAUAUUUUAAAUUAGCUCGCUAGCCUGCUAAAUGUACACCUAGCAAGUGCUAACUGGCUAAUCAUCAACAAUCACGAGUAGCAGCGUUUUUUUAGCUUUAUUUUAUGUCCACUGUUUGUUUUCGGUUUGUACUUUGAAUUUCGUCUUGCUGGAUAACAACAUCAUUGACCUGGCCAAUUUAACCUUGGCUUGUAAUCACAUAAAUAUGAAAGUGACAGGCAAAUAUUGACCUUAUUCCGUUUUGUCGAGCGCCAGUAGACUGGGUUGACUUGACAUCCGUUAUAAGUACUGGUCCAUUAGCGUAUAAGCUAACUAGUUACCGUGUUUGGGCGUAAGCUGUGUUUCUAAGAUAGCUAGCCAGCUCCCCAUCAUCUUUUGGGCCACGUUGCUAAUAUCGGAAGCUGGCGGCAGUGAAUCAUAUCGUUUUUCUUUAAACUACUUAUUUUGUGAUUUUAUUUUUUUUUGUCCAUAACAAUUUUUUUCCUACGUUGUCACAAACAAUGAAGAAGUUUUUUGACUCUCGCCGGGAAUUGGUCGGUUCCGGACCCGGUUCUGGGGCGAGCUGUGGGGGCAGCGGGUCUGGCGGCGGAGGCAGUUUCAUAGGGAGGGUUUUCACCAUCGGCCGGUACCAGGUCACCGUGGAUGAGACGCUGGCAGAAGGGGGCUUUGCCAUCGUGUUCCUGGUUCAUACUCACCAGGGCCUCCGCUGUGCCCUCAAGCGCAUGUAUGUCAACAACGAGCACGACCUGCAGGUGUGCCAGCGGGAGAUUCAGAUCAUGAGGGACCUGGUAGGCCACAAGAACAUCGUGGGAUUCCUAGACUCCAGCAUCACGGCAGUAGGAGCAGGAGAUGUGUGGGAAGUCCUUAUUCUCAUGGACUUCUGUCGCGGUGGCCAGGUGGUGAACCUGAUGAACCAGCGGCUGCAGACGGGCUUCACCGAGGCUGAGGUGCUGCAGAUCUUCUGCGACACAUGCGAGGCAGUGGCCCGGCUGCACCAGUGCAAGAUGCCCAUCAUCCACCGUGACCUUAAGGUGGAGAACAUCCUGCUGCACGACCGCGGUCAUUAUGUGCUGUGUGACUUUGGCAGUGCCACCAACCGCUUCCAGAACCCGCAGACUGAGGGCGUCCCUGUGGUGGAGGAGGACAUUAAGAAGUACACCACACUCUCAUAUCGCUCCCCCGAGAUGGUCAACCUCUACAGCGGCAAGGUGAUCACCACCAAAGCAGACGUCUGGGCCAUGGGCUGCCUGCUGUACAAGCUCUGCUACUUCACACUGCCCUUCGGAGAGAGCCAGGUGGCCAUCUGUGACGGCAGCUUCACCAUCCCCGACAACUCCCGCUACUCCCAGGACAUGCACUGCCUCAUCCGGUACAUGCUGGAGCCAGACCCCGACAGGAGACCGGACAUCUACCAGUUGUCCUACUUCGCUUUCAAGCUCGCCCGGAGGGACUGCCCCGUCCAGAACGUGCACAAUGUUCCCAUUCCAGCGAAGCUUCCUGAGCCAAUCAGAGCAAGCGAAGCUGUAGCCAAGAAGAGCCAGACCAAAGCCCGGCUGACGGACCCCAUCCCGACCACGGAGACGUCCAUCGCCCCCCGGCAGCGCCCCAAAGGGGGCCAGGCCCAGCCCAUUGCCGGGAUCCUGCCUAUCCAGCCCGCCCUCACUCCCCGAAAGAGGCCCACGGGUGCCCCCGCGGCUGCCCCGCCCGUUGCAGUCGGUCUCGGCGCUGGGCCCCCGGCCUCGGCCAUGCAGCCGCAGAAGGCGACGCUGCCCCCCCUGGCUCAGCAGCAGGCCCCGCCCACACAACCCCCGGCCCCUGCGGCCCAGGCUCAGGCCACGCCCUCUCACCAGCAGCUCCGCAUGAAGCAGCAGCAGGUGGCCGCCUACUUCAGCACUGUCCCACAGCAGCAGGAGGCUUCACAGCAGCCCGUCACCCCUACCCGCGGCAUCCACAAGGUGGGCUCCCUGACGCCGCCCUCUUCCCCGAAGGCUUCGGCCCGGGGGGGCCACCGGCGCAUCCUCAGCGACGUCACCCACAGCGCCGUGUUCGGCGUUCCCGCCAGCCAGUCCACCCAGCUGCUGCAGGCCGCGGCUGCCGAGGCCAGCCUCAACAAAUCCAAGUCAGCUAGCACGACGCCGUCGGGCUCCCCGUGCUCUUCCCAACAAAGCGUGUACCAGCCUGCUGAGACCAGUGCCCCAGUAGCCUCCACGGCGCCCCCAACUGUUCGCAACUCUGCGGAGCAGCCAGCCUGGAAUCCCUUCGGCGACGAUAACUUCUCCAAGCUGACCGCAGAGGAGCUGCUCAACAAGGACUUCGGCAGACUUGCCGAGAGCAAGGCAGCCGAGAGGGGCAGCGCCCCCGCAGGAGACCUCAUUCCUGGGCUGUCGAUGGCACCAGCCCCCAAGGCAUUCACCCAGCCUGCAGCUGAGAGACCCUCUGAUACUCUGUGUCUGGAUUCGGGGUUGCCGCUCUUGACUGUCCCGGACCCAUUCAACUCCCAGUCCCUUUCCGACACCCCAGAGAAGCUGAUAGAGGGCCUGAGGUCCCCCGACGCAUCUCUCCUGCUCCCUGACCUUUUACCCCUGACUGACCCUUUCGGCACUCCUGCAGAGGGCCCCGGUAACGGCAAGCCGGACGUGUGCAUGGACUCGUUGAUCCCUGGUCUGGAGGCUCCCAGGCUGCAGCCGGAGCCUGCAUCUGCAGCCCUGCCAGACUCUCUGGCUGGUGAAGAUGCUCAUUUGGGCAGCUUGCUGUCCCACUCUUCCAACACGGGACUCCCUCCUGCCUCCACACCCCCUUCUGGCUCUGCCUCCUGUCUGGAUGAAUUUGCCCCCACAUCCCAUGGUGUCAGCCAGCCCCUUGCGGGCUUCCAGCGGCCCGAGUGUGUGGAGAAAAGCACCGAGGACGAGUUCGACCCCAUCCCCGUGCUCAUCUCCAAAACUUCCAACCAAGGUGGUCAUUCACGCAACAACAGCGGCAGCUCAGAGUCCAGCCUCCCCAGCCUGGCCCGCUCACUCCUACUGGUGGAUCAGCUCAUCGACCUGUAGAGGGGGGGGGGGAUCAGGGAGGAAAAGCAUUUGGCGAAAUUGGGGUAGAAGUUGGUCAUGUAAGAAUUUUGCUGCAGUCCCUCCCCACCUCCCCAACCACUCACUCAAUCCCUGAAAUAUUUGGCUGAUUUCACUCUCUCUCUCCCUGAUAAUCACCUAACCAUCAUCCAUAAGGACUGGUCCCCUGUCUCCCUCCAUGUAUCCCCAUUCCUCCUUACACUCACAUCACCCCAAACAGUCCAGCCCAGUGGGAUCAGCCCAGUGGGAUCAGCCUAGCCCUAUUGCCGACGCGGCCUCACUGACGUUCCCUGUUGAGUUUAGCGCAUUGUAUGUUUUCGUUUCCUCCCGGUGGCAUUUUUUUUAGCAUCAGAAGUGCUUGAAUGCUGUUGGUGUAGCACUGUAAAUGGUGUAGCACUGUAAAUGGUGUAGCACUGUAAAUGGUGUAGCACUGUAAAUGGUGUAGCACUGUAAAUGCUCCCAGGGGUUUCUGUUCCAGUGUCGCUUAGCACUGCAAAUGCACAGGAGCAGAAUGACGCACGAUGCUGUUGGGUUACUGCCGCGCCUCAGUCUUUUGUACCCUUGCGGUAUUCGUAACGCGACUACCCCAACCCCGCCUUUUAGACACGGCCAGCUCGGAAUGGCCUGAUUAGCCGUAGCCGGCGUAUCCCCUCCGAGCCCCGCAUUGUUCCCUGUUUCACUUGUCCCUCAUGGCCUCCUUCUGAUCACCCUCCUGUAAAUACUCGUGUCCGGGCAGCAUGUGGUGCUUUCAGGCAUCUUACCACUCCUACAAGGACGGGCGCUUUAGACCAGAGCGCUGGCAGAAAGGGAGGCUGCAUCCUUGGCAUAUCAGCAUGGUAGCUGCUUAUUUGUGGGUGUUAAACAGGGACUGUAACUCGAGUUUGUGCAGUUAAUAAAUAGUAGGGAAUAAAUAGUCACUCCAAAACUCUGUGUGCUGUGUUAAAUAGAAAUGUAGCUAGGUUUGUUUUUCUUUUAGUGAUUUAAAGAAAUAGUCUGUGUGUGUGCUUUUCUGUCUAAACCCGGCAGGGCUUCUCCUGUAAAUUUCCCCAUAAGCACAAGGCGCAUGCUGUACUAAUGAUAAAUGAGAGCAGUAUUGCCCAGUCCCGCAUGCCCACACUGGGCCUCGCCUCAUCCCCUCCAUCAUCAUCAAUGCCUUGCACUUGUCCGUGUUUGCCGUAGUCUGUUUGAGCUUUUGCUCAUGCUGUUGGCAGAAACUUUCGGGGGAUUCUAAGCAGUUUCCUUUAGGAAGAGUACAGGGGAGCAGCCAGUCAGGCUCAUGGGCGUUUUACUUGCGCAAAAUUGUUCUGAGGGCAGAAUGAAAAAUGAUUGGUUCAGAGAGAGAACCAAUAAGAUUGUAGAGGAGGUGGGGCAAGCAACUACAGGAGGCAGGACCAAGACAUCUUGAUUGGUUUGUCCCGCCUCCUCUUGCUGGUUGGACCAACCUCCUCUAUAAUCUGAUUGGUUACCUCUUGGAACCAAUCUUUUUUUUGUUAAGCCCUUGGCAGCAGGCCUGGGGCCAGACUUUUAACCAAUAUGAUGAAGGACCAGGGAGUUGGCAUGGUGACUGGGAGGAUCACAUCGUUGGGCUUGGUGUGACCGCUGACUGUAGAAUAUCCUGGGGGGCACUUUCUUUUUUCUGAUUUUCUUGUCCCGUUUCAUUCAUUCAUUCCUUACAGACUGAAAUGCCGCUUCAUUCAUACUGUCCAUUGCUGUCCAAAGCCAGUGCGCAGUUACGCUCAUUGUGCUCGUGUGUUUGACCUGAACAGUGUAUAUUGUUAAACUGCCAUCAGACUGAAGUUUCUCACCAUGUGAUCACGUGCUCUAUAGCCCCUGUGUGCAAAGCCGCUGAUAGUGUAAGUGAUUAUAAGUGUUGAAAAUAUUACAAAAAACUUUAUCAUUGUAAGAAUAAAUGUGACUAUAGAGUGCUAUAGAAUGAAUAUCAUAAAUAUAAAUUUAGAAUAUUCUCAUUGCAGUUACACAUAUAUAUUAUAGUUUAAAGAAGAAUUCUUUAUUUCUCUGUGUUCUUAUCACAAUUGUAUUUGCAAGCGUGAAGUUCCAGUGUUCAUUUUAUUUCUUCUCAUUUUGUUUCUCUGAAGAUAACCGUUUAUUCCUCAUUGUCUGAGGAACACAGAGAGACACAGAAAUGUGAUUUUUUAUGUUUUUAAUGUCCCCGCCUUUGCUGCUGGGUGUGCUCUAAGUAUAUCUUAUCUGGGAUUGAUGGGACAAGCUUGUUUUUCCCCAAUAAUUUAAUAACAUAUUUAAGUAUAAGAAAAUAACAUUAAGCCGUUUAUCACUUCCAGCUUAGCCUGGAGUGCUGACUGUGUCAGUGGUUUGCAGAUUGCAGAUCUCGGGCUGCUUUCAUGUGCGCCUGACUGCAGAGCUGCAGUUACGGUUCUUGCGGCCUCCGUCUGAUGCCGCUGAAUUUGGGGACGAAGGGGUGACCCGGUGACGAGGCCGAGGGCCUGGAGAGGGUUUGACAGGGGAACUGGUCAGCACACGGGGGGUGGGGGGUGCGGGGGUGUCGUUAUACUGAUGCUUCAAGGUUCAGAUUAUUUUUUUAUUUCAUUUGAUUUUAAUUACUCUGCUUGGGAUGGGCGCAGGCAAGGCAACUUCUCCCCCGAAUCUCUCAUCUAGAAUAUCUUGGAAUCGGAAUGAUGACAGAAACUUAAGUUUAUAACCAUCACAUCCCAAAUGAAGGACUGCUUUCAUCGUCAUAUCUACACCCUUUACCUCCACAGCAUGGAAGUAUGAGAGAAACAGAGGCGCCAUGCUGUGAUCUUGAGGAAAGUGCGUAGAUGUCAGACACCCAUCGCACACGGUUCAUUUCCCAUUGCCAUCGGCGUCGCUCUGGGCUUCCGCUCAGAGAUUCCUCUGAGGCAUUCCUGGGGGUGACGGCAGCUCUUCUGCUCUCGUGGCGCUCUCCCGUCCACCGAAGGAGUAACGAAGCCGUGUGUGGAUUUUACACAGUAGCUCUGUUAUUGCUUAGCGAGUCUUACUGUUCAUAGGGAUGAUUUGCACGACUCCCAAAUGCAACCCCACAGUUUAGUCACUGCCUGUGGGUCUAGGCCUUGCUAACAUGAUUAAAAGGGACCAGCAAAUGAAAACACAUUCAGGGCAUUUACCCUCUUCCUUUGAUACGUGGAGGGGAUUCGAAGAGCUGCUGUUGCUGGGUUUGUUUAUUGCCUGUAAGUUGCGGUGAACUUGCAUAGUGGAUCUUGCGGUCAGGCUCCAGGUCAUUCUGUUAUUGUGAUGUAUUUGUUUGGAUUUACCUCCAGAGUUCAGUUGUGACUUGUUACAUUUGGCUGUUGCUGUUCAGGAUUUAGCAGAUGCGUCUGUGAAUUUGUAUCAGGAUAGUAUGCAGUCUUUUUUUUUUUUUUUGUGUUCAUUGUACAGCAACCCAUUUCACAUCUGUGUGGGUUUAAGGGUGGAAGAUCCCCCACGAAUGUGACAAUUUGCAAAUAAUACUUGGGCCCAUAAAAAUGCAAAAUUAAUGGUGCUGAGGUUUUAAAAGUUAAUACAAGAAAUGCAGGAUUGCACAGUCAUGAGUGAAGCUGACGGCCGAGACAAAGAUGCGUGGCGAACCCAAGCCAAGACGCAUAGAUUCCUGUUUUUUAAUACCAAAAAUAACUUGUAAUAUUAAAGAUUUAAUAUGCACUUACACUAACACAUAUUAAACAACAUUAGCAUUUAUAUAUUGUAUGAUCUUAUGUAAUCCAAAUCAUUUUCAGUAUUUAUAAUUCUUUGGCUUGUGUGUCUUGUGAGUUUCUGCAAUUUUUCGGCAUGCUCGAAAAUAUUCCCGUUUAAUUGCUCAAGGCCAACUCGCGAUUGACUAAACCGCGAAAUCAAAUUCGCAAAUCUGUAAGGGCGACUGUAAUUGUGUAUGUUCACCCUCGUGCUGUUUUUGUUGUAUCAGUAAAACUGCAAUUCAGAUGUUCUUGUGGUCACGUCAAUAAACUGAAGUUGUCUUCUUUGAAAUCCAAAGUUUUAGUGAAAUAGUAUGACAAUAUAGACUUUCUUUCAGAGGUAGGUUCAGAAGUAUGCAGUUGCCCCGCCCCCGAUCCAGGGCUCAUGACAGUAAUUUCUUCCUGAUCUCUCACUCUCUCUUUUUUCCCCCUUUGUUUCUCAGACUUAGGGCAGAUAAUUUAUAGCUCCCCCCCCCCCUUCCCAAGUUCAGCCUUUUAAGCAGAGUGUCCUUUUGUCUAAAUGAGUGAAAGAUGUGUGUGUUCUGUGUACAGUGAUUAAGUCAUCAUUUGUUCAUUCAUACCUGAAAUAGCAGGCACAUUUGAAGCACUAUGAUUGGGCGUAUGGCAGUACACAAGUCGUUUGGACCUUCUCAGUCUAAGUGGAACAAUUGAUAUUUCCAGCCUUCUUUAUUUGCUCAGAUUUGCAUUUACGCACAUAAGUUUGUUCUUAUAGUAUGGCUCUAUAUCAAAAAGCUCAGUAAUUCAAUUUUUUCGAAAAUAUUACGUUUCAUUAAUGUGGUAAAAUUUGAUUGGCUAGAAUUUUGGGGAGAAGAAACUUACACCAUUGACUGUAAAGCUGUUCAUUUCCCCAGGAUUUCUGAUGUGUGUUCUGAAACCUGUCUAUCCAUUUUCUCAGUUUACCCUGUAGUAGAGUUGAUUUAUUUUCCCAUGUAGCUAACCUAUGCAAUCAGAGCUUAACCCUAUUCUUAGACACCACAGAGCUGUAUUCAUUGGAGGUCUAGCCUUGCCAGUAGUGUUUUACCUGUGUUGCUGUGCAAAACCCUCUGUACCCAAUGUGUUUUUUGGAUGGGUGGGGGGGGUGGGAACCUGAAUAUAUGAAAGUGCAGCAAAAGUGACUUUGCAGCAAUAUCCAUUUCUGGGCUGGAGUAGCUAUAUUUCGAUGUUUACCUUCUAUUUUUAUGAAAUGGAAAAAUGAGAGGGGAUUUAAUUAAAUAAAUAUGUGAAUGUGA